AUGGACGGAGCAGGGACCAGAGGGCGCGGAGGCCGCAGCACAUCUGCCCGCGGGCACCGAGUCGAACCCGACAGCCCCCCACCACCACCCACCACCCCUACCCCCCAAAAAUCUCAGCCCUCUCAGCCAUCAAACACAACCGAUACCACCCCCCGGCUCAUCUCCGACAUCAAAGGCCUCCUCACCCAGAUCGAAGAGCAGCACCACUCCAGCCAACCCACAGCCCCGAGCUGGGUGACGACCGCCCGCCAGAUCAUAGCCGCCGGCGAUGCGGCCCAGAACGACUCCGACCGCCGGCAGUUCGCCCACCAGGCCAAGAUCCAGAACCUGCAUGUCCAGCUCAAGGGGAUCACGCUGGAGAUCAUGGGGUCACUGGCUCGGUUGGAGCAAUUGAGGAAGGAGCUGGAUGAGGCGACGCUGGAGGCUGCGAGGGGUUCCGACAAUGCGUUGUCCAGGGCGACGCGGCUGGCGGUGGAGGUGAUGGUCGAAGCGCACCAGGGAGAUAUGGAGGGGUGUCCGGUGGUCAGGAAGGAGUUGGACGGGCUGGAUGAUGUUCAUGAUCCCAAGGAUGCUGCGGAUCCCGAGUGA